ACAAAUUUGAGAUGGAGGGGGAGAAGUCAGUAGACGCCUUCUUGGACGAAGUGGCAACGUUUCUAGACCAGACUGACGCCCCUGAAGGUGCCAAGAAUCACAGUCACGAGGCAGCUACGACAUCUGUCGACGAUUCGCUUCUCCUGGCCAGCCAUCAACUGUUAGCGGAGACGGAGGAUCUGCUUGCUUCACACAAGAACUCCGACUACUACCAGCGACAACAAGACGUUCGUUCUGCGUCAACGAAUGCCAAAUCAUCUGAGGACGACAGGAGUGAAUCUCAGUGUACUGACGAACUCUCCGCAGAAAAGCGGCGUGAGAUUCGAAACGCUCUGGCAGCCCAGCGCCGAGUGCGGUAUCGUCAAAAGCUAAAAGAUGAGAAGGAAGUAUUAAAACAACAAGCCACUGAGCUGUCUGCUCAGCUGACCAGUUUAGAGACUAGUCAAGCUGAACGGAAGGCAAAACAGGCGAGCAAUUUGAUGUUCGGCGCUUGGCGAGCAGUUGCAGCUCGACAACUGGAAAGACGAAUGCAAGCGGAGCAACAGCAGAAACUGUUAAGAGCGGAAGUGGUUGGAAGGUCGAGAUUGAUUCACCAAAUGAGCUUGUUGCUGGACGAACCACUGAAGAUAAAUGAACAAGACCCACCGAUUUCGUAUGCAAAAUACUGUGAGAAUGGUGUAUCUGCGCUACACAAAAAUAUGCUGGAGGAGCUGGACGCUGCCUAUUUACGAAUAGAUGAUGUUAUGCGCGACUUGGAUUUCAAGUCAGUGGUGUCUGCGGCGUAUAAUUACUCGCGAAAACAAAAAGACGGCGUGGUGUACUUCGACAAUGUGGACCGAAUCGUAUUCCCGUACAAGUUUGAGCAAGCGGCCGAUGGUCUGGAGACUGUGAUGAUGUCUGAUCCAGAUGGGGGCUACGAGACCGCUAAAUUAAAGGAUGCGAUAGCUAUGAACUACCGCGUAACAUAUCAGAUCAGCGAAGCAGAAACUGUGUCUUUCAAUAUCCACGGUGCAGCGAAGAGAUGGCGACAGAAAGAUCGACUGGUGUUUUUGUGGCGUUGCUUUACGGAAGGGCUGGAUGAAUUUGAGGGAUUGCAGUCCGAUGAAACGGCGUGGAUAGUUGUUCGCCCGCCAACUGAAAAAACUGAUGUGAAUUGUGACCAAAGCUGUAGUACUAUUAUUGAUAGCUACUCGCGUUUGGUGCCGGUUGGAAUCGGCUUGUCGCCUGUGUGCGAUGGAGCCGUAGAUCGGUUUGUGAAUAUUCUCUCGAAAUCGGGCGAGGUAGAGUUCAAACAAAUGAUGCAAAUGAUGGAAAAGGUCAUCAUCAACGACCCGUAACCGUUUGCCAGUUUCCCAGUACGAACCAGUGCCCGCAAGAUUUUGCAACCAUAUAUUUUUAAAUGAGACGAGAGAAAACUGCUAUUCAUGUAGGAUAUGCGAAUUUACUUAUCGCGAAAUGAUACGUUUCCAGGCUCUAAAGCGUUUCUUUUUGUGACCGAUUAUGGUGUUUGCUUCGAGAAGAAAACUCCACUUUAUCAUGCAUGUAUACAACAACCAUUCUACCUUGUUAGCUAUUAAACUAAAUGCUCAUGAGAAUAUAGGCUUAGGCGACAUCGGCAAAUGGCUUUGAUCUAGAUCGUACAUGUAUUUUGCACGGCCAUCCUCAUUGUCGAAUCACUAUUCAUCUUUAUGUGUUGCUGCCAAU